AUGCCGCCAGGCUUCUACUAUGGCGACUGGUACGUAUCCUACAGCUCCAACAAGAAGUACAUGGCCCUGGACAACCUCAUAUGGAGCCUCUCGCCCACUCUACCCACCUGCGGUCUCGCGUCGAACUCAACGCCCGCUGAAUGCCCGCUCGGCACCUACCCCGGCCAGCUGGCCGACCUCUCGACAUGGACCUUGAACGGUACGCACAAAUUGUACUCAGCUUUCGGAUACGACACCCCACGCCGCAUUAACAACGCUUCUCUCGGGCGAGGCUGGGUCGAUACGUGGGACACGGUGGGCAACGGUGCACUGUCGUAUUUCGUUAACGGGUGGCAGAUCUUGGCGUGGGGCUUUGAUGGUAAUAGUAACGGGUGGAUGCUGAAUUACGAGAUCGCUGUUUUGGCGGAUGAUACGCCGGCUUGUUUGGAUAUCCUAAGUAGAGUUGCGGAGGGUCCGGAUAGAGGGACUGUGGCGAGGAUUUUGAGGGCGGUGGAAAGGCUGGGUAAUGAAGAAUUAAAGGUGUUGAAGGGGGAGGUGAGGAGGAUGAGGGUUGAUGGGGCGCGAAAGGGUUUGGAUCCGUUUGUUUGCGGGCCGGAUUGCACGAAUAAUACUGAUGUUGGGAAUGCUGGGAAUAUCUGA